AAAUGGGCGUGGUAAAACCCCACCCCAGAUAAAAAGGGAAAUAAUGGAGAUUGAAGCUAGGACUGAGAUAUUGAAGAUCAUAGAGACACUGACACACUCUGGGGAUCCCUCUCUCGAUGAGAAGCUAAUGAAAAAGAUAAAGAACUACUGCAGAACCAACAAUACUUAUGUACAGUUAGUGUAUGAUAGGCUCAUGAGAGAUGUUGCAACCAAGCAUUCUGAGGUCCGUCUCUCUUCCUUUCAAAUAAUCGAUCAAUUGUUCCAACGCUCUCACAUCUUUCGUCAACUAGUGACCUCAGACUGUCAGAAACUCAUAAUGUUGGUUUGUGGAGUUGAGCCACUCCCACCUCCUCGUUUAGCAGCUGCAAAGCUGAAGGAGGUCAGUUUGCUUUCUUUCAAGGAAUGGGUGGAGAAGUAUGGAGAAGGUUACCCUAAAUUGAAACUUGGGUACAAUUACCUCAAACACAAUAAGAAGGUAGAUUUUGACAGACUCACAUCUUCAAGUGAAGGAGAACAAAGAAGACAAGAAGAGAGAGAGAGCAGACAGAGGGCCUUCCUUGAGCAGCGUCUAGAGAAGAUUAGAGUAGAAAUGAAUGAACAGGCUCCUGACAUUAAGGGCUGUCUAUUUGAAAUGGAGUCGUGUUUUAAGAUCCUCAUGCCAAGUUUCAUGGACCUGUUCCCCCUCAAUGAAUCAAACCCGGUAUCAAACUGCAGUCAAAACUCAACCAAAUCUGACUCUGUCUCAGCAGAAACUGACUCUGAGCUAGUUUUAAAGACUGUUGGUAGUCCGUCAUCUAAUGAGACCUCAUCUCAAACUGGAGGGUGUUCAAGAGAACCUGAUGAUACCUCUACUGAUGGUGAGAGUGAGUCUGAUGAUGUUGAAUGGGAAGAAGUGACAAUGGCUACCGGAGCCAUCAAUGGACUAGUGGGUCGGAACCCUACUGUUACUACCAUUAGGGUACCUGAUCGUGUUAUUGUUAAUAAAGACGAUAAUGAGACUCUAAUAGCUACUUUGAGGGAGCGUUACAAACUUGCUGUGAAAACCUACCUUCCUCGAAUUAACAAGUGGAUUGAAUGGUUUACAAAGGCUGGUCAAGAAGCCUUACUAAAGGAAGCUAUUGACUUAAAGGCUCAAGUAUUAGCUGCCAAAGGCAAAUAUGCAGAACUGGAUAUCAAAGGAUUAGAACAAGAAGAAGAGGAGGACUCCUCAACUGGUCCAACAGACUUAGCUCCUCCAUCAUACCCACCAGACAGCAUUGCUGCUCACUGUUCUUCAUUGCUGCCAUGGACAACUGCAGUAGCCAGUUAUCAUAAGACACCUGUGGGGCUAGAGGAGGACCUUGCUUCUGAUCCCACUACACCUCAGGCUCAGAUGAAAGCUAAAGGCCUCCUCCAACAGCAAUCAGCUACCAUCCCUCCAGGUCCUGCUAAAGGAGCAGCAAGUGGCUCAAGUCAAACUUCAUCAGCUGCAACUGUUCCGUUUGACGUUGACCUCCUUCACUGGGGGGACUCACGACAGCCAUCAAUAAUGCCGACAGCGAUGGACUCCUUGCACAGAUACUGGUGUGCCGAACCUGACCUUACUGUCUCAGAGGACGUGAUGGCCUCUCUGAGCCACAGAAGUAUAACAUUCGCUGGUACCUUUCAACCAGUGGAGAGAUCCUGCCGUGCUCCCCUACCAAGUGGCUCACUCUGCCCCCGCAAAGAUAAAAUAAAAUGUCCUCUUCACGGGGUCAUCAUCCCAAGAGAUGAACAUGGAGAUCCUAUUGACUGUCUUGAGAUGUCCCAAAGUGACACGGUAAUUGAAACAAAGACACCAGCUGCUGCUGCCCCUCCUGAUACUCCAAAAGGUCCAGGUGGAACAAAAGACAAGAAACCAAGAUCAAAGAAGACCAAGUACCCUGGACUGACUGACAUCAAGAAACUGGAAAAGACUCCAAAAAAUCGCAUAGAGUCAAAAAUACUGAACAAGCAUGUACUGGCUAGAGUUGGGAAGAAACUGGACGCUCUUGACCAGAAGAGGGGAAAGACCAAGUUCUCAGAUAAUUUCAACUAUGCAUUAAAAAGUUAAAUACUCUAUCUCAUCUCAUCACACAGAGAAAAAAAAACAAAAAAUGAAUACAAACAUAAUCUACUAAGAACAAGAAGAGUGAAACUGUGAUAAUAAUAAUAAUAAUAAAUCUAUUUCUUCUUUUUUAAGUUCAGAAAAUGUGUUGUACAAAUGCA